GCGGAACGUUUGCUCGUCAACUCCUCUGUCUCUCUGUCCGAGGCUCCUUCUUCUUCCGCCAGAAUAAGCUCUCAAAAAUUUUCCGAUUGAUUUCAUCUCAACCAUGACCGAGAGUGAAAUUCCAUCUCUGGUCUCCCUGUGCGUAGACGCAGUUAAAUCCGACCUGCUUCGCGGUGAUGAUGAUCUUCUUCCGAUUCUCCAUGAGCUUCCUCCGAACUUGCUUGAUCUUCUGGUUUCGCGGUUGCCGCCGUUCGCCUUGCAGAAGCUGCACCGAGCAAUGCCAUUUGAUGACCGAGAAGAUGAGUUUUCUGAUGAAUGCAUCGGAAAUGGUAGAAAGCGCGGGAGGUCUUCGAGGGCAGGGGAUUUCGACAAGGCGUGGAGAAAUUUGUUUAUAUUGCGGUGGCCGGAGAUUGGCCGUAGGAUUGAAGUCAUUGAACCGCCUGAGUGGCAGCAGAUUUACUGGGAAACACAUCUGCAAAAUUGUCUAGAUGAAGUAGCAGAGGUAGCUUCGCUGCCCUCGUUUGAUGGGUGCCUUGGUGAAGUCAAGAUUUCAGACUCUUUAUUGGAAUUGAUAGGUUGUGAGGGUGACAUGGCUACUUCAACUUCUGGUUAUUCUAAACUACGUCACCAUUGUGUACACUUUGGUUACUUAGCCCGAUGCCUGAGACUUCAAAAUAUUUUCUGCAAUGAAGAAAUUUGUCACUUAUUGAGGAACAGCAAAUUGCAGAGCUUGGAACUAAGGUGGAUAAGAUCCAAGGAGCAUAUUACUGGAGUAUGUAAGCUUCUCAACCAGAACAGUGAAAGUUUAAAAACGCUUGAAUUCAUUCACUGUACACUUUCUUCAGCUUCUAUCACCGAAAUUUGUAGUUCUCUAUCCCCAAAGAGCUUGCAAGCACAUGGAAUAAAGCACUUCUCAAUCAACACGACAAAGUUUCUUGAAACUAACCCAUCUUCUGUACCUGUCGAACUUGUGUCAUUUUUGUCUUCAGGAAGGUCCUUGUAUUCUUUGAAACUCUCCGACAACCACCUUGGCCAGAAAUUUGCAAAAGUGUUAUUUAGUACGCUUCUCAAUGCUUCGUCCAGUCUAUCCAUCCUUGACCUUUCAGAAAACAAUAUAUCAGGCUGGCUUUCUGAACUCUCUGCGCUAUCAAAAAGUAACACCCGAACACCUUUACGAGUUGGGAAGUCCUUGCAAUCAUUACGGGAGCUCAAUUUAAGGGGGAACAAUCUCAACAAAGAUGAUGCAGAUGACCUUAGAUAUGCUCUUGUUCAUUUGCCUAACUUGGAGGUCCUGGACAUGAGUGAUAAUCCUAUUGGGGAUGAUGGAAUCAGGAGUUUAAUUCCCUUUCUUAUGGAAGCUUCCGAAAAAUGCACUCGCUUUGUUGAUUUAAUGUUGGAGAACUGUGAGCUUUCCUGUCAUGGAGUGACUGAACUUAUAAAAACCCUUUCUAGCCUAAGCAGACCAUUGAAGUCUCUGUCUAUUGCAGAUAAUGACCUCGGCAGUCAAGUAGCAGGAGUUUUGGGAGAAUUUUUGUGUACGCCCAUUCAAGUACUCAAUGCUGGAGGUAUUGGAUUACGUUCAUCUGGUUUUCAGGUACUACAAGAAAAACUUACAAAAGAGUUGAAGCUAGUGGAGAUCGACAUAAGCAAAAACCGUGGAGGAAUUGAAACUGCGAAUUUUUUGUCAAAGCUCAUGUCAGAGGCUCCCAAACUUGCUAUAGUCAAUGCUGCAUAUAAUCUUAUGCCUGUAGAAUCGUUGACCGCCAUAUGCUCUGCCAUAAAAAAUGCAAAAGGUACUCUGCAGCGUAUGGACUUGAGCGGAAAUACUUGGGACUAUCAGCCGGUCUAUGAUUCUAUGCUUGCCGACAUCCAAUGUAAUGAAAGGCUCAUUUUGAUUCUUCCAUCACUUACUCCAGAUGCACCCUAUGAUGCUGACCCAUAGAGGGUUGGCUCAUGAUGCAAUUUCUUCAAAACCAUUUGUUAUGCAAACUGACCCGUGGGUGGCCACCUUCCCUGCUGUGGAACAAAGUAUGCAGAGAGGUCUACUCUUUCUGAUCCCUGUCCUGGUGUUUGUUACCAUAACUUCAAAGAGACACCUGUGGCUGUGGAUGCAAAAUCAUGGCCUUGUAGUCAUUGGCCUUACUGGGUAUCCGUAUUUACUUCAUCACCUAUGUGGCUAUUGAUUUGUAUCUGUUCUGGCUAAAAGAAAAUCGUUCGUUUAUUUAAGUCGUGUAGCCGAGUCAAGAGCCUGAGAUUGAAAUCAGUGUCUGAGAUGAUUAAUGAAAAAAACACUUUAGCAGUUUAGUACACUGAGAUCUCUACAAAAAUGGAACCAAGCUGAUUAGGAUUUGCCUCUUUUCUUGAUUCUCGCUUGUAAUUGACUUCUCAGUUCUCAUUACUUGCUCUUCAAAGUU